AUGGGAGCACAAUCAGGUAAAUUGAUGAUGAUGCAAUCACGUGCACGCAUUGUUGAAAUUGAUGGCUCGGGAUUUAUGGAAGAACGUGGUGGUCAUGAUAAUUUUUCCAGUUACCAACUACCACAUGAAAUAUUGAAUCGUCGUCAUUGUUCAAAACAAGAAACAAAACAAGAUACAAAACAAGAGGUUGAUCAACAAUCGCCCGAAAAUGUUUAUAAAUUUUGGAGAAGAGUGGAUCAUAUUUCUCGGAACGGCAUUCAUUCCAACAAUGAUAAUAAUCAGAAGAACAACAUCAUUUCCGUUGUAGAUUUAUUACAAAAUGAUUAUCAUCAUGCAGAGCUUAUUGAAAAAACUAGAAUUUUGCACCAUGAGGAAGAAUAUGCACACGAGCAAGAUAUUUGUUUUCAAAUCAAGGGAAUAUUGAGCUCAUCGGAACGAUAUUGGGUGUUGGAUAAUUUUGUGCACAACAAUGGUAUCAAGCUUAACGACAUUUCUGAUGAAUAUCCUGAAGAAUACAGAAGGUGUAAACGAGCUCUUGUCAAGUGCAGCAAAUUUGCCAAUGUGAUGUGGGAUCGAAUGAAACCCUUUCUAAAAAAGUCAGAUCUGAAGAAUAUUAGGCCAUAUGGCUUUGAUAACAAUGGAACGUGGAUACCUGUGGGAUUGAAUGAUUGUUUUCGAGUGACAGAAUAUAAAGAAGGAGAUUAUUUCAAACCACAUAUGGAUGCACAAUUUGUGAAGAAUGACAAUGAAAAGAGUAUUUUGACGGUUUUGAUAUAUUUGAACUAUUAUGGAGGUGGUGGAGAGACUAAAUUCUUCAAGCUAUUGUCCAAACAAGGAACACAACUAACAUUGCGUGAAUUGGCAUGUGUACAGCCGCAUGCAUGUGACUGUUUAAUUUUCAAUCAUAAUCUUUAUCACAGCGGAGAAAAGCUCACACAUGGCACCAAAAUUAUCUUGCGAACUGAAAUCAUGUUUAAACGAAUCGACUCGGAAAGUAUAUUGCGAUGCAAUUAUGAAAAUUUAGAAGAGUAUCAAAUGGUAAAAAAGUUAGUGGACGAAAGUGAACAAUUAGAAAAACAAGGUCUUGUUAAGGAAGCGACAGAAAAGUAUUUACAAUCUCAGGAAAUGCAAGUGAAUUAUUCCAAUCAGCGAUUCUUGGAAAGAGAAAAUCAGAAAAUGAGUGAAAUCGAGCGAUUAUUGCCUGAAGAAAUAUUUGCUACGAUUUUAAGCUAUUUAACGCCCGCAGAAAUUUGUCGCAUUGUUCUUCCUCUCAACUCUCGCAUACACGGUUAUGCUAGAAAUCAAGCUCUAUGGAAAUCAUGUUAUAGCAUUGAGUGGGCUUGUCACAACCAUGAUGAAGAGCAAGUAUCCAAGUAUUUAAACAAAGCUACCAAUGUCAUGGUCGUGAAUGAUCAAUUGCCACUUUCAAACGUUGAAACAUCCAUCAUGAAUGCAGAAUCAAAAAAGAGAACCAAUGACUUUGAUACAGUCGACUGGUAUAAUUGCUUUAUUACUCGAAAGACAUUGGAGAGGGAGUUUUGUGCCAUUCUCUUCGAUCCCGGUGUUUUAUAUAGCAAGUAUGGCAAAAUGAAUGAUUCCAAAUUUUAUGUUGAUAGAACUGUAUGCUGUCAGCCACUUAAUGCGCAUUUUAAUAUUUCUGGACAUGGCCUCAAUGACAUUAUUGUUGGACAUCAUAGCUGCUACAAAUAUGCUCAUUCACAAGAAUUACCACUGGUGACGGCUGACAAGGGCACUCAGCAUACUGUGGUUUCAUGUUUAAUUUUUCAGACCAUACGUCAGGUGUUUGGCAACAAUUCCAUUCGAAAACAUCCUCUUCUCAUUGCAACACCGUGUUACUGGACCCAGGACGAUGAACGUAUCAUUACCGAAACUUUGUUCAGUGUUGGGGUUCCAGCUCUUUGCAUGAUAAGCUCUUACUAUUUACUAGCUCUGUAUUAUCAAACUAAUCACUGCUUGAUUGUGGACGUUUCUCCUUCUGGUGUGUAUUGCGUGCCAAUUUAUAAUGGACAAAUUGUCAAGGACCUUUCGAGUGGAAUGAUGUUUCCAGAUUCUCAAUUCACAUCGAAAUAUGACCCCUCUGCAAUAUGUGCUGACUGGGGUAAAGAUUUCAUUGCUGUUGCCAAAGUGUUACCUGUUUCUGAGAAGGAGAACCCAACAUUGUGGAUGGAUCUUGCAAGUAAGGAGGCACCAUAUUCAUCCUCUCGUUUAUGGCAUCCGGUCAAUGGCCAAGAGCGAUGUAGAAUUGGAGAGGAUUUCUAUGCCUCUGUGCUUCAUAUUGUGAACAUGACAUUGGCCAAGUGUCAACACGAUGAGCCAAUGAAAACAAUAUUCUUGCAAAAUAUCAUUGUAAGAGGAGGACUAAGUCAAGUGGAUGGUCUUGUAUCGAGAUUUGAAUUGGAUAUGACAAAACAAUAUGAAAAUAAGCCUAAAAUUUGUUUGAAGAUGGAUCCACUGGAUAUCAUAGGAGGUGCUAAAAUCUUUGCUAAUUUGAGAUCAUUUAAGGAAAAUUGUGUGUUUAAUGUGUAA